AUGUUGCAAAACCAAGGACCGAAUUGGAACGAUAACAGAAUAUUAUGUCAAAAGCAGGGGGCUGACUUAGUUUCCAUUGAAACCGUAAAAGAAUGGAACUUUUUAAAUGACUUGAUUCAAAAACCCAAAUCGAAAUAUAAUAAGUGGAUGAUUGGUUUGAAAAAAGAAGCCGGCAACUGGACUUGGGUGAGUGGAAAACCACUGACCAUUUGCAAAUGGGAUAAAAACCAGCCAAGUGACGACGGAGAUGUGGCAAUAAUAGUCAAGACGUCUUUCAAUGAUAGUAAAGUGGGCCUAUUUCAAGUGACCCACGGGGAUCAGCCUUAUGCCUCAAUUUGUGAAAUUACCAAAGGUAAGACGCAACACAAUUGAGUAAACUAGGGGUGUGCUCAAGGCCCCUAAGCGUAUAAAAAGUGCUACCAGACCUUGAUAAAAUGAUACAACCUUGCACCUUUAUUUCCCUUACUGUGAGGAAGCUUCAAACCAAUUUUUUCAUUUUAGUUUUAAAAUGGCCAUUACUCUUGAUCUACCUACGCCUGAUAAUUCGUGUCGAUCAUCGCUAAAAUUUUCGAGCUUCUCACAAUAAUGAAUGAAAUAUUGCUGCAACAGUGUCAUAGAACAUCGUGAUAAUGAACGUAUUUAAGCUUUACCCUCGUGAGUAAAUGGAAGGAGACCCACGUUUUAAAGAAAUAUUGUCUACCUUCGAUAAAUCUCCAAAUGGAUAUUAUUUUGAAGACUCAUUUUCUUAUUUUGAAGAUUGUUUUAAAGACUCCUGCUACGUGUUUAUGGCCUCUGGAUUUACAUGGAUGUUUAACAGAGAUUAUUGUCGAGACUGUGGAGUUGACCUAGUUUCCAUUGAAACCGAAGAGGAAUGGUUCUUUAUUGAUGGCGAGAUUCGAAAUCGCUAUACUGCGGAGUGGUACAUCGGGUUGGAAAAAAAGGAAAGAAAUUGGACUUGGGUGAGUGAAAGGCCACUGACCAUCAGUAAAUGGAGAGCAAACCAGCCAAGCAAUAACAAUAAAGUGGCAUUUAUAAUCAGGGAGUCUGAUUCGAGUGAACAGGGCAUAUCUACUGAUCCAGCGGGGACAGAUCCCAAAGCUUUCAUUUGUGAGAUGCCCAAAGGUAAGACAAAUUUGCGCCUGCUUAGCGCACAGUAAAUAGAGAAGCGCGUGUCUAAGCCCUUAGUGAGACAGAAAUAUCACCAUGGACCACACUGUCAUGAAUAUAUUGAUCUCGGCUUUGCGCGUCACGUUUCCUUUCCACUUCGCAAACGUGUGUGAACUAUUCAUUAUAGAUGACUUGCAGUCGAAAAUGGAGACCAUAAUACUCCAUCUACCCAUUCCAGCCACUUUGAUAUCGAACAACACAAAAUAGUCAGACUUAAGGUUUCAGAGCCGGAAAUUAAAAGAAUUGAGAUCGAUGCAAUUAUGGUGGACUAAUCAGUUCGUCCAGCAUGGUUUGCCUAUAAACGAGACUAGAGAGAUUUCUUCUAGAAACACGCCAUAUUUCGCAACGCCAACGACAUUUUGUGAUGCUGAAUAUCAUCAAAAGGGAAGGUGUAAAUUUUAAUGGCAUUAAACUUCUUGAGGAUGAACUACGUAUAGUAAUAGCACUGUGUACGAGAAAGAAUACAGAAAUCGGCUUAGGUAUAUCCUUACUUUUAUUUUUUUCCCUGAAAACUCAUCGAAAUUAGCAGGGCCACCAUUGUCAUCUGUGACGGUAUGGCCAUCAGAAUCGGCAAAGGCAGUAGCGUUGUUAUCGCCAUCGAUCUCUUUAGGAACGUCGCCCUCACUGUUGCCAUCACCAUCGCUGUCUCUGUUUCGAUUGCCCUCGCCCUCACCAUCGCUGUCUCCGUUUUCGUCUUUGCUGUGGCCAUCGCCAUCUUUGAUAAUAUCAUCUUCAUCGCCGUCGCCUUCAAAUUCAGUUCAGAAGCUGGUGAGUUUUGUGAUUAUUUACCAUCCUUGUACAUGUUAAGUUUCAGAAUGUAAUUAGUUCAUACCAAUAACUGACACUUUCACUAUCUUAGGCAAAUGAAUAUGUUUCCAAACUUCGCGGACUUGAUAGCAACAAAAAGACCUCUUUGCAGGUAUCUAACGUUACCAAUAACUAAUAUAUUAUCGUACAGAAUAUAUCCAAAAAAAUAUGUAAAUAUAUGUGUAUAUAUAAUUGUGGGAAAUUGUAGCAAAUGCUGUUGGAAAGUGCUCAAUACACGUGAGUGUACAGCGAAAUAAAGUUCAAAAUGACUAAAAUGAAACAUGCAUGAUUCCCUGUAACUCACGAGUUACAUGGAAUAACUUAGACUGACAGCAGCUAUUGUAUUUUCCUUUUGAAGAACGUUCCCUUUAAUUUAUUCUAUCGGAAGCUAAUGGGAGAAUGAAAGGUGUAUGUAUCAUAUAUAUAUAUAUAUAUAUAUAUAUAUAUAUAUAUAUAUAUUCAAAUAGCGACGUUUUGAGAACGAGUACAUAUUUACAUAUAUGCUUAUAUGUACUUUUAUAUGUAAAGAGAGACAGUGACAGAGGGCGGGAAAGAAAUUUGAUAAGGCUACCUGGGCCAAGGAAAACGCAGCUUUUAAACAACACUCUGCAUACUUAUAUCGUUCCAGGACCGGAACAGAAUUAAUACUGGACACAUUCUCCACGCUUCUUUGACAUCAAAACUCUCAUCUUCGUCGUCCUUUUGUAAUGUUUGCACUGCUUAUCAAAUAAAGUGGAUUCCAAGUUGCCGCGCGUCUGUUUGGUUAUGGAUAACAGAAAACUUCAGGAGUAUUGACCAAAUCAAUGAUCAGUUUCUUUGUUCUUACCACAUUUUGGCUUCGUUAAUGAUCUAUAAGUAUUUCAACUGUUAUUAAACAGAUACAUGGCAAAAGGGUAUCUACUUGUAACAAAACAACGUUAUAAAUAAUUAGAACCACACGCUCGACAUAGAUCCCUAUGAUAUCAUUGAAAAUCACAUGGAUAAAAUUGUUUUACGUGAUUUCAGGAGGCUGUAAACGUGUUUGAAAACUUCAUCGUCAGCUUUGAAAACAUGACAAAACUUCAUGAAGGCCAGUUCACCAUAGACGAGUUUCAGAAAGGAAGAGAAUCCAUCUUUAAUGUGGCUGUCGCCUUCGAGAAAUUUUCUCUUAAUUAUGGCAAGCAUCACCUUCCAAUAAAGAUUGUAAGCCACAAAAUGGGUGAGUAAAAACACCACCACUUAUCAGAUUUGUGAAUAAAAUUCUUCGUCGAUGCUUAUUCACGGUCUAAGUGACUGACACUUUAUCUCCUAAAUAGGAUAAUGACUUUUACAACUGGGCUGGGUUGUUCUGAGCUAAGUUUAGAUAGUCGAGGAUUCAUGUGAAAUCUGAUUUCAGAUGUGAAAGCUAUAAAAGAAAAUUCAGCAUAAUUCUAUUGGACUAUUGACUAUAAUCCUGAUGAUUGUUUGACUCUUCAAAAAGAGUGAAGAAAAUUAUCUCAAAAUGGCUUUUGAGCGAAGGAAUAAAGAAACCCGGAUCAGAAUUUAACUUUAGGUGAGCGCCAAUUGGCCUCAGAACAACUGAGUGGGUCCUGAGCCAUUUACAAACGCUUAUGUUGGAUCUAGUCUGUCUCUGAAUUCUUCAAUUUUUUAAUCGUAUUCAUCCAUAAGCGGGAAGUCUAUUUUUUUAUCCUUCAGUGCUGGAAGUCCAAAAGGCCUACCGCCAAAAUGCAAGUGACUUUUACCUCGACGUACACGAAUGGCAAACGAACAUCAAUAUUGCCUCUUCAAAUUUUGCAGAUAACGGUUUGUGUUACCUGUUGUCUUCAGUCUGAAAAAAAAUAUAUAUAUAUACGUAUAUAUAAAUAUGGGGGUAGUGUCUACCUUUGCAUAAAGUGCUCAAUGCUGUGGUAGCAAAGUUAAGUAUACAUAAAUUAAAGAAUUAAAGAGGACACAUCGAUUCUCUGUGACUCUAAGUUUCGCGCCUAAGCGCUCGUCAGACAGAACUUUAUUCAAUGAAUGAAUGCCUCCUUAUAUAAAAAUAAGAUAAGUAGCUAAUUAAUUCACUAGUGUGAUGAUCUGAUCUAUGUGUGAAAUAAAGAUUCUAUAGAGUUAUUGCUGGUGGCUUGUGAAAUUUGCUGAGUAAAACUUAUUCUCGUAGCGGCAUUUAGAAAUGAGAUCUGUUUUUUUGUUUAAUAAAGACGGCUUCUUAGCUCUAAUUAAGUAAAGUUUUUCUGUGAGGCACAAGUGGCACCGCUUGCUUUUGUUACUGUAGGCCGGGGCGGUCGCUAAAAUACUCCAGUUAAUUUCAAAAUUGGUGUUGUUGUCUUUGAGUGUCCAGAUCUGCUUUGAUAGUUCCGUGCUGUUUGAAUAGUUUCUGUUCCGAAAAGAAAGUUUGUGUUGCAUGUAACACUAACAGAAGGAACUUUUAAAUAACGUUAUUAUUUAAUUAGUAAGUCUGUUGUAAUCUGAUGUCGAUGUUCACUAGACAGUAUUUGUUCUCAUGGCAGCAUUUAGAAAUUAAUUCAGCUCUUUUGUUAAGGUUGCUUGCUUUGUCGGCUUUAAUAAUGUAAAGUUUUUCAGUUAGGCAGAGGUUACAUCGUCUGGAAAUUUUGUUACAGGCAUCGACACCAGAUUACAAUUAAACAGCGUUGACGUUAUUUCUCACGGAGGACAGUUCACAAGCUUUCGCAGGCAUUGCUUCCAAAACCUGCACUCAUCGGGUUUAUUUGUUUUAUAGCCUGAAGGAAAUACAUAGAUUUACCUUUUUUAGGAUCAGUGGUCGUCGGGUGUGUAUAUAAGAAUCUGCAAGACAUACUGCUGAAAAGUCAACCCAACAGGAAUGGAACAGGAAGCACAAGGUAACAAUAUUGUCUUCUUUGUGCUCAAAACACCUGGCCCUGGUUGUUCGAAGGGUAAUUAACGUUAUCCACUGAAUAAUUCACUAUCCGGCAGAUAGAGCAAAACAUUUUGUUAACACCUUUCUGCUGGAUAGCGUCGACUGGCGUUAUCUUCCCUACGUAGAGAAUAUCGGCUAAGAUAUGCAAAUAGUUUGGUAUCGUCACCACCACUACCACUCUUUUAAACCACCAUAUUUUUGUCACAUUCUGGUUCAUUUUCAAAUCAUUUUGUACACAGAUAUUUGGGUAGCAGAAUAAUAAUGGCAGCAAUGGAACCUAAACCAAAAAAAUUGCUAGAAAAUGUCGUCUUGAAGUUCAAAAACAUAAAGGUAAGCAAGAUUAAAUAACAUGAAAGUAAAGAAAGAUUAUUUGGAAUGCGCUGUUUUAUUUCAUCUCACCACGAUGAUUUUAUUUUCAGAUAGAAGAAAGGGUGAAGAAUUGCAUGUUUUGGAGAGGCUUCAGCGAAAGGUAAAAAAUUGCAAUACAUCAUUUACUUUUCUCAGAAUUUUCUUGUUCGUUUGGUCGUCCGUUUGCCUCUGUGUUCCCGCCAAUAUUUUCCGUGAAUUUCGUUGUCCAGUUGCUUGUUGGCUGUAUUUGCGAAUGUCCUCUUAUUUUCCGUUCAUCACGGGAGACACUUUUACCUAGAAUUGUUAUGUUUCAUUAUUUUUCCCUUAAUUUAACAUUAAUUUUCCCUUAAAAUUUGUCCUGAUAAGAUGAUUUUCUCUAUUGAAAUUAUUUUUCCAAGCUAUAAUCCUUCUAUCUACGACAACUUCUGUCUAAAAAUUUGUAAUACACCCAAUCAAAGUUUGAACCUAUGCCUAACAAGGAAGUAUUGUAAAUAGUUUCCGCCUUGACUUAUUAAAACUAACAAUGAACUGCCAAUAAUGUAAUUGAUAUUAUGAAAUCAAAAGGGUUUUGAUGAAAUUCACUCUUUUGGUACCAUGGAAGGCUAUUUCCUACACUACGUCUUGCCUGCUGAAGUUAUGCUUCCUUUGCAGCUCCGACGGAUUUUCAGACGAAGGAUGCCAUGUAGUUACGUCGAGAAGCAAUUCAGAAGAAACAGUUUGUAGCUGCAAUCAUUUGACUCAUUUUGCUGCAUUAUUAGAUUACAACGAUGGUACAAAGGUAACCAAUUAUAUGUAUGUUCUUAUUCCAGCACUGGUAAUACAUGUAAAUUGAUUGAGCUAAUUCACGUGUCUCUAUUUUCUUUUUUUAUGCUAUGUGACGCAGCUUUCCAAACAGGAGGAGACUGUGUUAAAGAUAAUUACCUACGUAGGAUUAAGCUUGUCGAUCAUCGGGAUCUUUGUAACAUCAGCCUUGUACUUUUUCUUUACGUAAGUAUGAUGGCUAAAUAAUGGAUGAAGAACACAUUCUCAAGUCUUCUUCUAAUUACUAUCGAUUGUAAUUUCUCAACAAAGGAAAAAAAAACUAAGGAAUAAACGUAACUUUAAGUUAUCCAAAAUGUUCCUUUUAAUCUCUCCGAAAUUAAGGUAAAGUAAGUCGAUUGAAUAACUAAUUUACUUUACAUUUCAUGUUCAAUUAGAAGAGCAUUAACAAUGCAUGGUCUCUUUCCUCAGUCCUUGAUGUUUUCUUAUUCUAUACUAACUUGGCUUUUUAUUUGUCUUUUGAUUCUGAAGCUUUUGAUUGACUUUAUUUUUUUUGGUGUUUGUUUUGUUUUGGUUGGUUUUUCUUUUUUUGCUUAACUUUUCAUUUGAAUUAUUUUUGUUUUGAUUAUGUUUGUUUUUUUGUACUCAUGUGUGGCUUUUGUUUUUCCUUUUUUUUCGUCAUCUUUCAUUUCACCAGAGAUGUCCGUCAACCUCUGUCUCAAAUUCGAUUGAGUCUUUCUGUGUCCCUCGGAGUUGGACAGCUAAUUUUUCUCGCAGGAGUAAACGCCACAGAACACACGGUGAGAGGCUUCUCCGAUCUUUUCAUUUAAUUAAUCAAAUCUUUCUCCCAAAACAAAAAAAAACAAAAAAAACAAAAAAAACAUAUUUCCUUUUGCAGGCUGCUUGUAUCGCAGUAGCAGCUCUGAUGCAGUAUUUCCUGAUGGCUGCCUUUUGCUGGAUGCUGGUCGAGGGAAUCUACCUCUACCUGUUUGUUGUGAAAGUUUACAACAUCAACACCAAGAUGCAUAUGUAUCACGUCAUCUCAUGGGGUAUUUCCAUGACUUAUUUUACUACAACAUGUAUUGGAGGUAGUACCGUGCUCUCAUAUUUGGUGUUGUCAUCAAGUCAAGUGCUUUGAAUUUUUUUUUUGUAUUUAUGGGUAGGUUUCCCUGUGAUCAUGAUGGCCAUUUCACUUGGCAUUGCUGCUGCGAAAGAAGGAAUACAAAGCUAUGUCAGUGAUAAAUAGUAAGAAACACAUCAAUAGGUUACUUUUUACCUUUCUUCUCUCUCUCGCGCACUAUCAAGUUAGGUUCGUUUUAUUUUUCUUGUUCCGUUUUUCCUUGGGUCUUUUUUUUUAAUUCAUUCUGAUGACUUUCAUUCUUGUCUUUCAAUUUUAUUAGUUGUUGGCUGUCUUCGACCAACAAUCUGAUCUGGAUAUUCAUCUCCUUUGUAACGUUCAUCGAAGUUGUGAGUUUAUGAUUAAUUUAUUUCACGGUGCUUGGUUUACCGAACUAGUUACUCACUAUUUUCCUAUAGGACUCACUAUGUUUCUUUAUUCGACCUAAACUAAACAAAUAACUUCUCUACUAAGAUUCUCUUGGCUUCUCGACUACCAAAUAUAGAAACUUAAUUCAGUGAUUUUAAUGGCAUUUUUUAUAGGUCAACAUCUCGAUACUCGUACGAGUCAUAAUGGAGAUGACCAAUAUGGUGCAGCCAACAGGUGAAGACGACCAUAUUCAGCAAAUACGGUAGGAUUCACAACAUGAAAUUAUUCAGAAUAAUGAAAACAAAUUUCCUUAACCAGCUGUAGGUACGGCAACGUUCGCCCGGCUCCCUCAUCCCUUGAACAGUUUGCUAUUACGAUACCUGUAAAUGAGACUGCGAAAAAAAAUUAUCAACCCUUAUGCAUGCACCUUCAAUUUUGUUGUCGAUCUCAGAAUUGGUAUCAAAGCUUGCGCACUGAUGAUUCCUUUACUGGGUGUCACGUGGCUGUUUGGUCUUCUUUCGCCUAUACAAAAGGCUUUUGCUUACAUUUUCACAAUACUCAACUCUACUCAGGUGAGUGUCUGAUUGAAACUCUUAAACCCAAUCAAUCUACAUUGUUCAAUUUACACAACUCUAACCGAAGAGAGAACCCUUUACAAUGAUUAGAUGAUACAAAAAAAAUUAAAAAAAAUUAAAAACCUGUUAACUAUUUUCUUGACCCGAAAUAUAUUCGUAGCAGUCUUGUUAGACCUAUUAGAUAUUGAUUCUUGAAGACGAUUAUUAUAUGCAUUGUUCACUGAGAUACCCAAACAACGCACACUCCGCCGCUUCCUACCUAAGUGCAUUAUUGUAAAAAAAAUGAUCUUGAAAUUAUGUUUCUGCAACAGGGUUUCCUGAUUUUCGUUCUACACGGCUUACGAAACAGUCAGGUAAGAAAAGAAAACUAAGUCAAGAAUAAGGAAAGUGCACAUUAUAGCACAAAUGUUUAAGCAUGAAUAACUCUUUGAAUGAACUUUGAAAAAAAUGUAUCGUUUGUUGCUUGUCUAUCUGCAGAUCAGAGAGCGAUUGAAAAGAAAGAUGAAUGUGGUUUUUACCACUUCAAAUAAGGAGGACUCCAUAAGGAAGAGCCCACAGGUCAAUUCAAGUGACGUCGGCGAUGCACGGCCAGUUGAAUUGCAGCCUCGCGGUGACGUUAAACCGAAUUAGCACUAUACUUAAGUCAAUGGAUUUAACUGUCCGCCAAUAACAUUCUAUUGCAUUGAACAAUUGUGUAGUAAAUAGCGAUUAGUCGAUGGCGAUCGAUCUGAGUUUCAAUCUGCUGUUAAAAUGCAAUGUAGUAAAAGUAAAUUAACAUUAAAUGCAUUAUGCAUUAUGUAAGUCGCUAGUUUUUAGUUGGUAGGACGGGUGUAGAGCUAACGAGUAGAAAUACUGUCAAUAAAUUGUUAUAAUAAUUAUUAUUGUUAUUAUUAGUAUUAUUAUUAUUAUUUUAUCAUUAUUAAGUGAGAUUGUUCUCUUGUUUAUUGUUUUUAGCAAUUCACCAGCUGCAAGUGCUAUUUUUUAUCUUAAUGGCCUUUCCAGAACAUUGCAUACAUGAACUUGCUAAAGAUCUUUUGUUAGCUACAUGCUAAGUUGUCCUCACUAAGGAUCAAAUUAUCGUAACUACAGGUUGGUCUGGCUUGUCUGUUAUUAAGUGACUUUCAUUAAAGAUUACAUCUACUUUAGAAGUUCAAUGAACUCAUGGCAUGAAAUUAUUACAAAUUCUUCUUUAAUUAACACCGCGUUUAGUUCCAACACGCAUUUGACUGCCUUCUUUGAAUCCUCGUGCGCUACAUUUUAACGCUUGCUACAUGAUGCUUUCACGUUUCAUAUCGGAGAGGAUACUUGUCAAACAGUACCUUGUUACUGUAAUAUAAGUAGCCUCGUCCAACAUCUAAUGUUAUUAUUUAUGAAUAAACAGAUGAAUAGAUAGAUGAUGCUGAGUUAAUGAAUAAAUAACUAUGUUAAAAAAGAAAGAAAUUCUGAGAGAUUACAUAUUUUAACCCUUUAAUGCCUAAGAUCUCAUUUCUAACUCUCCUCACUGUCUGCCAUACAACUCUCAGGUGCUACUUCUGAGAAUUUGGAACUGGGUCAGCUAGAAAAUCCUCAAACUUAAAUUUUUCUUUAUUCUCAUAACCUGUCUGAUCGAUAUUGUAUUGAUACUGUAAGGAGAAAUUACGUCUUGGUCACUCAUGGGAGUCAAGGAUUAAACAUCACUUGAAUUUUUCAAUCUUUAUUCUCCACAUUCCUUAGAUAAGUAUUUCUAUUUCGAAUCGUAAAUGUAUCGAUGAGUUCUGAUAUUUGCAAUCGGAGCCAUAGUAACCAAAAUUGGAGAAAACUUCAUUUCACAGCGAUCGAAGAAAAAUUGCACACAGUAGACAAUUUAAAGGAACGAAGCGCAGUAAUAGAUAUGUUAGUUAAUUAAAUGAGCCCCGUUUCUAAAUGUCAAUACAAGUGAGACAUAUGCUAUUGCAUCUCUCCAAAUUAAUGUGUUUCUUGUUCUUGUGAACACUUCUUGAACAAUAUUAUGGUUUUGACAUGUGACUAGAAAAAAAUAGAAUCGGAUAAAAAUAGUAUACGUACAUUUCUUCCCCUACUUUCAAAGGGGCAAAGAGAAAUAGUCACCAUAGGAAUUGACGCACUCACAGCAUAGGUUACAACUUAAGUAUUAUCUUUCAAAUUGCAAAAAUUUAUCCUUCAAGGCUUUUUCCUUAAUGGGCCUCGAGCACUGCAAAGAGAUUAAGGGAUAUUUGAGCAGUCUUUUUCCAGCUCAGUUUAUGCCGCAACGUGAUAAGCGCGAACGCCUUGCAUAAGCUCAGCUAAUGGAAACACGACUAAACAAUCGACAACAUUCUAUUAUAAGGUCAUACCCGUUUAUAAAUAAGUAUAUAAAGCUACUGACACUAACAUACUUCUUAAGAAGAAAGUAAACAAAGGAAAUGAUUCUGAAAUGCACGAAAUUAUUCCUCUACACCGGUCAAAUAUGGUAGGUAUAAACGCUUCAAGUGGCCACUGACUCAAUACAUUGCGGAUGAGACUAAGGACUCUGAGAAUCAUCUUGCAAUUAUAUUAUGGGUGAACACUAUAGAUGGUAAUGAGAGAGACCCUUGGGGAAGGGAUUUUCCUCCCCACAGACACAUGACAAUGACUGAGCCUAGACUGGAACUUAGACCUGAAUGGAAAAGGUUAGCAUUCAAAGAGAUGGACUCAGAGGCGAUGGUCUUCAUGACGCUUUUACCGUAUAAGGGGGGAAGGGUGGGAGGAGGGAUUUGUUUUGUAAGCUGAGGGCUUGACUAUAAGUCGUGAAGCGCCAUUGGUUUUCUGUCCAAUUGACGAUCAACCCUAUGAAAGCUAUAUUUAACUCACGCUUUAAGAAGGCAUCCUCUGACACGGGGUUUUCCACAGUAGAUAAUACAUGUUAAUUAAUACAUGUGCGAAGAAUUAAUGACAUACGAGGUUAGACCCAUCGACUGAUACGGCAGCAUUUCAUCUGCGAGUUGAAAACAAAGACAUUAUUUUCGUUUAUUUGUACGAACAGAUAGGACACCCACGUUAGCCACCAGUGAAUAAUACAGAAAUCUGUUCAAGAAAACUGUCGUUAUCUAUCUAUCGUGGAGCCCAUAACUUCAUUGUUCAUAAAUAACUUUUUUUUAACUGCAUUUUCAUAAAAUUUGAAAAUAAUAUGCGUUUUUGUCUCGUGAAAUUCUCGAUCUUAUGAAGAAAACCAAUGCCUUACACCCGGUGCAAGUUUCUUUCAGUCUAUUAGUCUAUCUGUUAAGAAAAGUGAAAAAAAAAAUGAUGACUCAUGUCAUGAACUGUCGACCGCGUUUUAUAAUUUACAUUUAUUCUAGCUCCUACUAAAGAGUUUUAAAUACCUGAAGAAAUCGCCUUUUAUUUACUGCUCCCGGAUCACGCCGGGUAAGGGAGCAUCGCCAAAUAGCAACUUGCCGCCCGCUUUAAUCUCCUCUGAGUUCAGCGGUUUACUUACAGAGAAGCUAAGAAUGGUCGCUAAGCUUUACAGAAUGGCGGCCACGGAUGAGAUAAAAGGGGCUGUUUAUGCCCUUCGCCCUUUGCGUGGAAAAGUAGAAAAUUUUUUUCAGUUUGAAGAAGAAGUGUGAGAGAUUAUAACGUCAGUUUUUUAAAAACACCGUAGUGGGCAAGAUGUGUUUCAAAAAGUUUGCCGCUCACAAACAGAAGUCGGUUCGGUCAUCGAAGCGGAAAUUUCUAUGUCGCUUAAGUCUGUGUACAGACGCCUAACAGCUCGAAUGAAAGCUAGAGAACCGUGGACGGUAACUUUUACGAGGGACAUGCCCGAAGAAAUUUUUCUCUCCGUUAUGGAAGUGGUAAAGAAGGCUACCUCUGCUUUUGGCGUAAUACAUACAACAACAGAUGUGGCAUGUCAGCUUUCUUACUCUAAGGAGACCGGACUUUUGAGAGAUUUUUCAAAGUUGUGCAACACUUCCCGAGAAGACGUCAUGUCUUACCUCUGCAAGCAAACUAAAGCGCCCAGGAAAGGAAACGCCAAGGUUAUAGUCAAGCUGGAUAAGCCUUUUGUACUGACAUAUAUGAAGCGGAAACAACAUCUGAUAGUGAAGUGCCACUAGCUUUUCACAAAUGAACAUGGUUAUUCCUUUCAAACUUGACUGAAAUACACAACUUGACACCAUCCUGUACUUAUUGUUCGAAGGGCUAAUACUUCCAACCUUCAUCAGUUAUUGUUACAAUAAUGAUUAGCAACUGACAGUGCCCAAUUAUUGUUCCACAAGUUGUGAUAAUUUUCUUGCCAAUUAGGGUUAUCAUAGCAACAAUAAAAAUCGUUAAAAACAUUUGUGAUUUUCCAUCUUAAUGCUUAUAACUCAAAACUGAGUUGACGACUUCCAUUUGUUAUACUGAAUUAUGAUCAUGUCAUGCUACAAGUCUUGACAAAGUUUUUAAAAGCUUGUCAGAGUAGUUCAGAACCACCCUAAGUUUUUGGAAAUUGAAGGUUGCUUUCAACCACUCUGACAGAAGUUUGUUUAGACUUUGCCAAAUGUUGUUUCAUGACAUGCUGAUUGUAAAUCAAGAGUAAAAAAUAGGACUCACUAAACUCAUUUUUGAACUAAUAGCCCUAAAAGCUUAAAUUAAGGGCUUUUGAACAGAUCAUUCUGAUGCUCUGCUAACCCUUAUGGAACAGAUGUUGUCUUUAGUUUUGAGUAAUGAUUGGACAUUUGUUUUGUAGCAAUACUGUGGCAGUAAGUGACCCAUCAAAAUGUAGGGGCUGGAAAUUACUAAAAACACUUACGAGCCUCCCUUAGGCACAUGUACUCUAACUUAGUGUCUGAACAGAAAUGUGUACUAUUGAUACACACCCGAUGCAACAAACAAACAGGUGCAUCCACCAGAUCAACCCUUGUUUAGUAUAAGCACACAAGUGUAUAGUAUCAUUAAACAGGUUCAUUAGUGUUUAUUAAAAUGCUUCAAGGUGGAAAUAACAGAUGUCCCAUUGCUAAAGAUAUGUUAACAAUUGUUGAGAAAAUGCAUAACAAUACAAUUUUGUGACAACCCUUUCCAUUGUUUUACCGCUAAAAUGGACCAAUACAGAAUUUAUCCAUAUAAAAUGCCUAAUAACUUAAGGGUUAAGAUUUCUCUUAACAAGAAUGGAUUUAAGCAUCAAAUGCUUCAACAUGUAAAUAACAAAAAUUACAUUGCUUAAGACACACUACCAAUUGUUGAGAACUAUGAAAACAUUACAACUCUGUGACAACUUAUUUCACUGUUUUACAACUGAAAUGGGCCAAUACAGAAUUAAUCCAUAUAAAAUACCUAUGGAUUUAAGCACCAUUGAUCUGGUUCAAUCACAGAACCUUUUUUUUUAAGCAGGAAGCUUUUCCUUUGAGGCCCUCAACAUGUCAUUUGUGACAAGACCUUUCCUUGGUCAAUACUACUUUGAAUCACAUUCAUCAACAGGUCACUACAAAAAGUACACUUGCUUUCUGCAGGGUCUGCUUUUUCAAGAUUACAGUAACAGCAUCCAGAAUUUUCAAAAAUCCUGGCUGGAAUGUAAACAGCAUUGUGUUUGUAAGUAUUUAGCUGAAAUCCCUGUUCUGGCAGCCAAAUCAACAUGACAAAUUCAUGUUUAAAAAUUUCAGGCCACCGUUGCUGAAAAGUUGUAUUCUCACUUAGUUUCUUCAGAGCUAUGUGUUUGGUCUCCCUCCCUUCCAUUGUCACAGUUCCCAAUCCUUGCUUGUAUUUCCUAUGGACAUCUUGUGCAUGGCUGGGUAUGAUGUGCCCUAUUGUCCAAACAAUGGGAUUGACUGAUGAAGGCAGAAAUAAAGCAUUUGCACGAAAAUAAUCCCUUGCAACAACAGCCAAUUGGCUCAGCUGUCCAGCAGUGAUAUCAAACCUAGUAAAAAUGGACACACAAUCCCUUAGUUUUAGCCCAACAUAAGCAUAGAUCAAAACUGUUUGCCUCUGACGUUUAGAGUCUUUCUCACUGCUAAGCCACUUGACCAACCACAUGAAAUUAUGACAAAACAGUCUAGAUUCUUUCCCCGUAAGGCGGUACUGCAAAUCCUGACCAGUGCCCUGUGUUUCAUCAUACCAUUUGAUAACCUUUCUAGCAAGGCAUUUGGCUUUAACUUCAUACUUAAGGACAGUUAGAACUCGUGACAAGGCGCUAUCCUUUGGGACAUCACUAAACUUCUUGCAUGCACCAGAAGAUUAGACUUUUCAAUAACCUCUUUUAACACCUUAAAAAAGUACUGCCAUGCAUUGUUCUUAACAUGGAGAGGCUCCACAUGGGCUUUCUCUAUCAAUUUGCCAAUCAAUGGGACAAAUUCCUGGCGACUGUUUUUCUUUGAGAUGAAAUCUGUUACCUUAGUUCGAAAUUGCUUUUCUUUGAGUUGUUUAGCUGACAAAGACUGCUUAAAUUUGUCAACUUGGUUAGCAACUGCAAUUCUUUCUUCAUAUUUCCAAGGAUGCCACACGGUUCCACCAUUAGUUGCAAAUGUACCCUUUAAAUCUGAACAAUUUUCUUUUGAUACAUUUGCAAACGAGGAAAAGAACUUGGCACUGUUUGAUAACUCUCCCCCCAACAUAGCAAGCAUUUUCAUGUCAUUAGGUACUUCUUCAAAUUUAAGAGUAACCUUGAGACCAUCAAUUUCAAAAACCUUUCCCUCCAGGUUAGUAAUUUCUUGGCAUAAGAGCUGCACAUACUUUUUAACCACAGGGCAAGACUCCUCACAGUUGGCACCGAAUAUAAUAAAAUUAUCAUUACUGGAGGCAACCCUCUUGCCAACAUUUAAGAAACUUACUAAAAAUGUGCAAGCACUUUCCUUCUUACCAAAAGGGCACCCAUCGCCACCAAGGGCAACAAGGAAUGUGCCCUCCGCAUUACCAAACCAUUUUAUUGAUUCUUUCUUAUCCCUUCUUAAGUAAAACUGUGCAAGGUGUGGCAAAAACUCUUCCAAUUUUCGAAAACAACCACGAACAGUAUCAUCUUCUGAUGCUUCUUGAAUAUAAUCCUCAACUGAAUACACAUUCCCAAUAUCAAUUUUUCUUAUUUCCCUCACAAGAUUAUUGUAAGUCAGCAAUUUUGGAAUGGGACAUUUUGGCAUGAUACUGAUGCUUGAUCUCUUUCCCCUUUCUUUCUCACUCUUUUUCAUUGACAAAGCAACUCGCUGUGGCCUGAUAUUUUCUUUUACCCAUAAUACCACUGCUGUAAAAUGUGGCAAUAAUCCUCUUAACAUUUGUGGGUGAGUUUUCAAAAGAUCUCACAUUCCCUUUAUAAACAUUAGACACUACUUUAUCUCUUAACUUAUCAUUACUUAAAACAUAAUCUUUCAUUGUAUUUAAUUUACAAUGCUUGUUUAAAGUGUCAAACAUGCCAUCUAAGGCAGUUGUUGGGUUGUUUUCUGAAUCACUAUGGAUUCUUGCUGCAGCCACCAAUGUCUCAUGACGUCUCUUAGUUGCUGUACAAAGUGGUAGGUUUGAUGUUCCUUCCACAAGACAAGUGGGAAGUCUUGUGCGGCUACCAGGAGGUGAUACACAUGUCCCUGGCUGUGAAUGAAUACAUAGUCACCCAUGGAUGUGACAUUUAUUGGGAGCUACAUGUAACAAAUAAAAUAAACCAAAAUAAAAUAAAAAUAAAAUAAGACAACAAGACAACAUAAAAGAAAGGAAAAGAAAAUAACAUAACAUAAGAUAAAGUAAAACAACAAAAUAACAAAAAUAAAAUAAAACAAGCUGGGCAAACAAAUAAAAAUAACUACAGUCCCUCACUGUGCCGUUCCCCUACCGUGCAAAUCUUUUGCUUUGCACCCAUAUACUAUGCAUGAAUUAUGUAAUCUCAUUUGUAUUUUGCCAGGUAUUUCAUUUAAGACCACAACAUUGUGACAAGCAAAGAUUUGUUUCUGCUUUCAUGAUCCCUUGGAGGAGUGAUUUGGCCCAGCAUGUCAGAUCCCAUAUUUGCUCAGGUCCAUUUGGUUCUCAGCACUGCCUUUUCUCUGACAAUGAGUAAUUUCAAGUGCAUUUCAUACACAAUAUUUCCCAAGGUAAGGCAUAAUUUUUCAAAUUUGUCAGUCCUGUCACAAAGCUAAUAUAUCCCAACCAUCAGCUUAACAUUAAUUUGGUGACCGACCUGGAUAUUCUCAUUUUGGUUUGUUAAAGCAGUUAGCACUCCCCUUGUAUCAUCAACCUUUAAACACAACAAAUAAGAAAUGAAUACCUAAACUUACGUGUUACUACUCUAACUGAGGCCAACUGACAAAAUUUUCUACAAAUUAAAAGACUAAGUAUCGUGGAGGUUGACAAUAAUUUUCCAACAAAUGACUACAAUUCUGUUGCCUUGUAUUGUACAGCAUGAUUACAAGGAUAAUUUGUUGGAAACUAUUGUUAACCUCCUUGAUUUUUAUUCGUUAAAUUUGUGGAGAAUUUUGUCCGGUGGCCUCGGUUGGAGUAGUCACACUGUAAAUAAAAGAAUACAAUAUAAGCUUAUGUAUAUAUAAAAAAGUUAAAUUAACCAUAAUUUCAUUUAUCGCUAAGCUUAAUUGUAUAAAAUAUAGUUUGGUCAUUCACACUUUAUAAGCUUAUGCACCUAUCAAUGUUAAGCUCCUAGGGGGGUGGGGGGAGGGGAAUAAGCAGGGGAUUUGAAUUCAGAUUAGUUUUUCUGUUCAAAUGCCCAGCCCUAGGGAAGUCACCCUGGGUCAAAAAAGUGCAAAUUCCUCACUCCAGGAGCAUUAUUGUUGGUCAAAAGAACUCAACGAAUGAUCAAAAGUCCCUACCACGGGCAGACUUGUGAAGUCAAAUCCCCCUCCUAUGCCUGGCAACCCACCCCAAAGCAGGCCAAAAAUACUCGAGUUUGGUAUCGAAAGAAAGCUCUCGAGUUCAGCUAUCGACCGAACCACGUUUCGUCUAUGUAUCCCAGAAUGCAUUAAGAGCCGUGUUUUUAUGCAAAAAUAAUCUAAGCCCCAGUCUUCUCGCGGCAAUUUUGGCUUCGGGCGCCAUAUUUAAAGACAAUUUGAUGCCUUUUUUGACCACCCGCUGACCCGGCGUGGAUACAAUAACUUUCGUCUGCCGACAGCUGCUCGCAGCAACUUAUACAUAUCUGGGGCUUAGUGAAGAGUGAAACUGAAUCCUGGAAAAUGGCAAACACCCUUUUCAUACGUUGCGCGCUAGGUAAGUACUACCGUUAAUAUUUCUGUUAGUGUAUCAUAAGCAAUGAAACACAAGGACUUGACCAUCCAUUUGCAAAAAUUCAUAUCGACCGAAGAACUUCCCGCGACACGCCGGCAAAUCCAACCUUUAAAUUUAUUUCAUGUUGUUUUUAUUUGGCAUUCUAAUGACAAAACGUUCCAAGCUCUACAGAUAUAUGCUAUAGGCUUCCAGAUUAUCACAUGUUUUUAGCAGCAGUUUUUUGGUGUUUAUCCACUUUCCGUACGAUGCAAAAUAGUUGGGAAAAAGUAAGCCGGAAUGGCACAUUCGUGCGGCAGUCACUGUAAUUUACACCGUCAUGGCGGUGUGUCAAACAGCUUUAAGCAGCUUUAAUUGAGAUGAAAGGACAAAAUAUUUCUGUUGCUAUCCUAUCCUUUGCGCAAAACGGCGCAUGAAAACGUUCGCUUUCAAUUCUUUUUUAUAAUUUUUUUUUCCUAGGGAGCGAAUGUUAUAAAUUGGUUCAACUUGAAUUCCUAAAAGCUUAAACAGAUGCAAAGUUUAACAACAGUUUGACGCGGGGUUUGGAGAAAAUUAGAGUAGUAGAUGUUUUAUCCACCCUCCCACCUCAAAUAUCUUACCUAUGUUUUUAUUCUGACUUUGAGUCAAAUUUAUAAUUUAGUGGACUGUUUCCAUUCUUUUCUAACGCUGAAACAUCCUUUCCAGCUACCUAGAUCGAUAAACGAUGACAUAAAUUUUUUUAUGUAGAUUUGGAACAAAAAAAUUAAAAGGAACGGCGGUCCGACCUCUCCGAAGUCUUUUUUUUAGUCGUUGUUAAUUAGAAAAAUUAACAUAUAAAUAUGACAUUUUAAAAAACGAAAAAAAAAAAACGAUGAGAAAGUAACAAGCAUUUAAGAUGUGUUAAAUCACAUAAUUAAAACAAUUAAAAACAGCAUUCAUAUUCAUUCAUAUCCUAUGACAGACACCUCCUCUCACAGUCAAAUUUCUGCAUAACAUUCCGAGGUUCCUUUAAUAGGUAUCCGCCACCGACACCGAAUUCAAUGAAUUAAAAUUGGGUUGUCAAUGAAUUAUGCCCUCCUGUCAUAUGGAGCAGAUUAUGAAUUCAAAAUAGCAUGAAAACGCAUUUUGUCAGUUUGUAUGAAAAAAAUAGAACCGCUACCGCAUUGCAGCUAGUAAAGCAAAUUUUCCAUAAAGUUUGGCUAUAACGCGCGUUCUCUUUGGUUAAAAGAUAGUUCUUUAUCAGAGUACAAAACACAGAGUUAAAGCUGUCACUCCAUAUACCAACUUGAACUGUGUCCGCUCAUUUCCCAGACUUCUCUGUAGCUCUCUUUCGUUAAUUGAAAGUGAAAUUUCGGAACAAGCGAGCCAGCAAUUAGUAACAGAAGAACCAAGCAAAGGUUUGUGAACAUGCCGAGCGCCAUAUGGUUUCGUGUUCAAAAACAAAGCAUAAUAAAACAUAAAUAAUGAAUGGCAUAUCUGUCAAAAUUCAUACAAAUCAUGACGGUAUCAGAUUCAGUGCAAGUCUCAUCAGUCGACUUUUACGGCGCUGUCAUCCCGAGCAAUCUUCAUGUUCCUGUAAAUUCGGCUGUCGUCCAUUCACAUCCCUUGAGCAGUUUCUUUUCUAAUUGUCAUGUGUAAAAACUUGUGUGUUUUUGUUAGUCACAACUCGGCCGGAUUUCACUGAAUAUUUCACUUUCAGAUUCUGCAUGGAGACUGAAACACUUCAGGCAAAUGUCAAAUUUGACCUGCCGAAGUAUUUCAGUUUGUGAACUAUUGCAGAUUGUGAACGUUGAUGGUUUGAAAUUUUUAAAAGCUUUAAACUUGUUCAACCAGUCAGAUUAUUUUAGGAAGGAUUCUGAUUGGCUUAUUAUAGCGUGUUUUAUAGGAGUAUAGAGCAUGCUGAAGACGCUGUUAUUCCCUUUGUUGGAAAUUGCCUUUAGUGAAAAUUGACUGUAAUGAGUGGGGAAUAUAACGAACUCUUUAUUAAAAGAGAAACCUUGAAUGUUCUCUGUUCUGUUAUGAAGCACGUAAGAAGCAGCUAGUGCACUCAAGAGGUGGAGAGAAAUACUUGACUAUAAAUUUUAAUUAGUUUAUUGUAGUACUUUUCUGUGAAUUUCCUUAGACAACAACAAAUAACAGACUUAUGCCCCCUCAAACAUCGGCAAUUGCAACGCAAACUGGUGAAUCUGAUAACAUGAAAAGUAGAUUUCCAUGAAAAAAAUAAAAUGGAUUUAUUUUUCAUAUUCGUACUUCAGCGAUCCAGACUUUGAUGAUGAAAUCCGUGAGAGGAGGUAGGGCUGCGAUUUUGGUAUAUAUGUGUCACCUCAAAUAACCUUUGGCCCAAAGAAGGGGAGGGUAUGGUUCUGUUACAUUUACAAGUCGUUGAAUUAGAAGAAAUAAAGCUGCAGCUUUAACCAUAGAACCACCACAAACCUGAGGUUAAUAUGGGAGACUAAAGUGAAAAAGGUUUGAAAUAUACUUUAAGACUGGAUAUCGAGCUUAUUUUUAACUAGGAAAAGAUUCGAUUCAUAACAGAUGUACGAGACACAGAAACUUGGUUAAAAUGUCUUUACGUUCUGCUCUUUAUAUACACGUAGAUAUGAAGUAGAGUGACUACGUUAAUUUCAUGUUUUCAAGAGUUCGUUUUCAAAUGCUUUUUUUUGUUUUCUACUGUAAUCUGUAGAAAGCCCAACUGCUUGUUUUAAAAGUUCCCACUACAAGUUUUGUACGUUGGGAAAAACAUGGAACGAGAGCAGAAGCUUUUGCAGGGCCGACGGUGGGGAUUUAGUUUCCAUUGAAACCGAACAAGAAUUGGACCUUAUCGUUAAUGAGAUUAAAGACACCAAUGAACAAAGGUGGCACAUCGGUUUGGUAAGAGAGAACGGGAGUUGGACCUGGUUGAGUGGAAGACCACCGACUUUUUUUAAAUGGGGAGACCAACCAAGUGGGGGCAGAAAUAGGGCCACGUUAGUCACGAAGAACCAAAAUGGCCACUUUUCAAAUCAAUUCCACUGCGGAGAAGACACUUCAUAUAUUUGUGAAAUGCCAAAAGGUAAGAACACAUUACAUCUGUAUACUACAUUGUAAAAAGAACCUCGCAUAGGGAAAGUGUCACCACGCCACAGAGUACACAGCAAUGUCCAAGUGUAACUGUUAACUGCGCGUGUGCAUGUGCAGCAAUGUUUCUUAUGUUUCACAAACUUGAGGGAAAUUCUUUUUACUUAACUAAUGGACAAAGGUAUAAAAAGAACUCACUCUUUCAAUCAGUUCUUCAAUUUUUAAAAAAAAAUCGAGCUAAGUCGGCCUCCAAAAUGAACUGUGUUGGCGAGUUAGCAUCGAGGAACCUUUCAACUUUCUUGUCGCAUGCACUAUUAAUGUUGAAAAAAAUUGUUCGGCGGGUUUUUGGGCGGCACGAGUAUCAUAUUUUUUAAUUGUGGUAAAAUUGUCAUGAUGUACUUGAGUAAUUGUUGUAUUUCAUCGUAUUACUGCUCAGCAUAGACCAAUUCGUAUAUUUUUUACGUUUUUUGAGAAAUAAGACUCUCUAGACGCUUCUUUCGUGAAACGGCCGGAGCGCGAUAGUUGACGACGUAAUUGUAACGGCAGCGCGAAAAAAAAGGGGAGGUCUGGAUCCGGUCGCGUAACGAACGCAUGCGAUACGCAAGCUGACACAAAUUUUUCGUUUGACCACUUCCUUCCCGACUUCUACUAUCACGCUACCUUUUACUGGCUGAAAACCCGGAACAGGCUAUGGAAAGAUUGUCUUGCAUCUUUUUCAGCUAUCAGGGAAAACUCAUCCCGGAUCAACUAUCGAGAUUACGUUGGAAUACCCUGCACACUUACACAUGGUAAGAGGAGAUGGGUACAGAAUUGCACUUUCCCUGAUGGCAUAUGCAAUCUAAAUUGUUCCGUAACCAGCUGCGAGAGAGAGGGCAAGAUGACAUGUCCGAGCUCUGCGGACAAAAUUGAACACAGACGUACAGCCCAUUGUACGGAAGCUGAAAAAGGACAAUCCAAAAAUAUUUGCAAAUCCGAAAAAAUAUUCAGAAUCGAUAUCUUUUAGACAAGUCGCUUUUGAAAAUUUUGUAAAAACGAGAAAACAAUUUCAAAGUCGGUUUAAUUCAAAGAUCCACAAAUAACUUUCAUGAAAAUCGAAAAUAGUUUACAAUCCAAACAUCUUUUCAAAAAAUUUACGCAAAUCGAGAAAAAUAUUUUGUCACGUGACACUUGCGCCAGUAGUAAGCACUUUGUCACGAUACAGCACAUCGUGUCGCAUUAGGUUGCACUAGUUUGACUUGGAGUCACUACACGAACGGACUAAACAGUACCAAGUGUAUUGCGAUGUUCUGCCACAAAUGUGGAUAAGAAUUUGUGAGCAAUGAGCUAUUCUGACGUUGAUGUGGAACAUUAAAGAGACCUGAACUGGAAAAUGUGUUACACAGUUCGUCAGAUGAGAGAUCUACCGCUGAACAUUACUUUGAAAGAGGACUUCGUUAUGAUACUAUUGUUCAUUUUUUUUUUUUUUUAAUACCAUGAUAUUUGUAUGAACCUGAGGACUCUAAAGAGAAGGUUGCGUGAGUAUGGGUUGAGAAGGAGAAAUAAAGCCCAUUCAGAGCACGAAACCGUUGUGACACGAAAACUAAAUAUGCUAGAAGGCUAGAUCCACUUUUUUUACUAACUUUUCGCUAAUGAUGUUAUGUUUGCGAGAUUAAAGUUUCGCUUUGCGUUAUGCGUUUCGUUUUCCUUGAGAGAAAACAUGUCCCGCCUUUUUUAAAUUGAAAACUUAACUCACGCGAAGAAACUAACUCACGCGAAGAAAUUUUUAGUAGUCAUUACAUCAAAAGAUUAGAUAGAUCCUGGCUUUAAUGCGAAUGUCUAAGAAAACCUAGCUGCGAAAUUGACAUGUUUCAAGGCCUGGACAAGGAGCCUCCUAAUCAUUUUCUCUCGUUAUGCCUUAAUUAACAAAUUCAUCAAAUUAUUCAAAUAAAAGUGCUGAAUUAAACCUUUUCUCAGCAAGACGAUCAAGGUUAAACUAAAAAAACCAAGAAGAGGCCGUAAAUUCAUCGGAAAUUGUUCAAGAUAAAGUAAAAAAUGAAAACGUCAUAUUCAGAGGUUUAACAAUUAAUACAGGUGCAUAUUUUGUGAUUUGCGUGGUAUUUUCCAGGCACCACAGGGGCGAUUUGAUAUGACAUAAUGCGGUCUUGAUCCACAUUUUUCUUUAAAGAUUCCUCAAUGUCUACAGUAACUUCGUCGCCUUCACCAUCACGUGAAAUAGCACAUGCAACCUCGCCCUCGCGGUCGCCAUCGCCGUCGCCGUCGCCUUCGCCGUCGUCGUCGCCGUCGUCGUCGCCUUCGCCUUCGCCUUCGCCGUCGCCAUCGCCGUCGUCGUCGCCUUCGUCAUCUCCAGUUGAGCAGCUGGUAUGUUUUCUAGAUAGUCAUUUACCGUAUUUUUGCAUGUCGCUUUUCAGGAUCCUCCUUAUUUACAAUUGUGAUAGACAUUAUUUUUUAUUCUAGGCAGAUGAGUAUGUUUCAAAAUUUGACGGAAUAAAUAUUACCAGACAGAGUUCCAUACAGGUAUUUAACUUACACAACUUAAAGGCUUUUAGCUUUGAUAUAUGUUUCUAAAACCAUAAAAACUAAAUAUCUGACCUUUAAGGAUAAACCACCAUUCAAGCCACAUGAGGUGAAAAUAGUGAGGUUUAGAAAUAAUCCAGGUUCCUAAAAGAGUUCUUGAGCCAAUAAAUACCCAAGACAGCAUUGAGGACCUGCUGCUAGACUUUUUCCGCAUUCUUAAUUUAUAAAUUGUAUAUUUGAGAUUGGCUGGUCGUAUUUUAUGUACUUGUAGGAGGCUGUAACUGUGUUCGAAGAUUUUACCAUAAAAAUCAAGAACGUCACAAAGGACGCCAUUGGAGACAUUAAAACGCUACAAAAAUCCAUCUUUGAGGUGGCAGAGGCCGUCGAGAAAUUUGCUCUUAAUUAUAGCAAGCGACACCUGAGUGGAAUGAGGCCUUCAAAAAGUUUUGUUUUCCGAAAAAUGGGUGAGGUUGCGGCCUUCAAUCCUGUUUAGUUUUAAAGUCUAUUCCUCUGUUACUUACUGACUAACUGACUAACUGAUCGACUGAGUUGUCUAGUUUCCUAGAAGAUGUAAGAACUCAGUUAUCAACCCAACCUAUCAGAAACGUCAUUGCUGAAUUUCAUCGACUCAUCGGUUUUUUUAAUUUGUUCAAUAUUUUUAUAUUUUGCGGUGAACAAUUAAGGAGAGAAAAAGGAAUGCUUCAAAAUUUUCAUCUUCUCGCUCUAUUUAUUGAAACUUUCCGUAAAUAUUAGUUUGGUGAGCAAAUAACUGGAAUUAUCAAAUCUCCGAAAUACUUUCCGCUUACUUCAUCCUAUGCACUGAACUCAAAAUUGACAUAUCGUCUGCGAUGCAUAUAAAUGCAAAUUUUUUAACCGUACCCGUAAAAAUCCCCUAAUGAACUCCUCCUAAACGCAUCGAAACACGCCGGGAGAGAUGAGAUGAGUAUUCACAAUUUUAGUCCGUGCAGUACCACUCACUUUUAAUCAGUUUAACUUUGAAAAAACGGUUUAAAAAUAGUUUAAUUCGCUGGAACAUCACUAAAGAUUAAACAUAUUACAAAAAGCACGUUAUGUUUGUUUAUAUGUGCUAUUGUAAACUUCACAGUAAGUGCUUUUAUGUGUACGUCAUUAAGUUUACUUUGUUUUUUCCGACAGUUUUGGUCAUUCAAAAAGCCUAUCGCCAGAAUACGAGUGGCUUCCACUUUGAGGAAAAGAGAUGGCGAACGAGAAUCGAUAUCGCAUCUUCAAAUUUUAAGGAAAAUGGUUCGUAUUAACCAGCCUUUUCACAUUAUAACUUUUAAUUUCCUUGGUUUCUCCGAACGAAGUUUCUGUAUUGAAAUAAAGCCUUAUAUAAAUGCGCUUCAUUAGUUUACAUAGUCUAUUUUCUUUAACCAUUCGCCUUCCUUCUAAUGUCGCAUACCUUAGAGCCUGAUAAAAAUUUGAUUUUUUUGGGCUUUUUUGUUGUUGUUUGAUAACUUUUUUUGUUGAUUCUUGGGGGGUUUAAGGAUCAUUGGUAGUUGCGUUUGUGUACAAGGAUCUGCAUGACCUACUGCUAAAAGAUCAAGCCAUCAGGAGUGGAACUGACAACCAAAGGUGACGUUCUUUUAAUAUCAGUCCAUGUCGUUUAUCCCCAAAAACACAUAACACGCAAGUACAUAAGAUCUAAGUUCAACUGAGCUAAACUUAGAAACUUUCCAAAAAUGCCAACUAAGGUUGGACGACUACCAACUUGUCUCUAACCAUUCCACCUUCAUGAAAAAUUCGCUUGGAUCUACCAAUAUGGUAUAAUGUUGCUUCCUUGGUUCUGGCCAUUUUCAAAUACAAUUUCCUUCAUAGGUAUAUCAACUCUAGAAUCAUGGCCGUAACUAUGGACCCCAAGCCAGAGAAAUUGCGAGAAAAUGUCAUCCUAAAGUUCAAAGACCUUAAGGUAACAUUAAAAUUAGUUGCUAUGCGUUGUUUAGAUUCAUUUUGACGAGAUAAAAUUUAUUUUCAGGUCUUGACAGCAGAGAAGCGCUGUAUGUUUUGGAGUGGCUUCAGCAAAAGGUAAAAAAGAAAAUACAAUAUAUUAUUGUAUGGUAUUUAUUCCUUCUUAUAUUAAAUUAAGUGUGGAGGAGAAUGAAGAAACUUUCUCAGAUGUUUUUGUGCAGAUUAACACUUUCCUGGAAGCCUACAUGUUGUUUUUUUUAGAGAGGGGAAGUUUGACUGAAAUGUUCUCGCGCAAAAUUGUCAAACAUCACCUCUUCCCCAAACAAUGAAUCAUUUUGUGCCUUUUGUUAACUUUACUUUUUUUCAGGUCUGAGGGAUUUUCAGAGGAAGGAUGCCAUGUAGUUACAUCAAAAAGCAACUUAGAAGAAACAGUUUGCAGCUGCAAUCAUUUGACGCAUUUUGCCAUCUUAAUGAGCUACGACGGUAGCACAAAGGUAAUCAAAUAAUUAUUGCCUUACUCAAUAAUUUUAUGGGCACAAUUAACUAAAUCAAUGUUUUCCCUUUUUUUUUUUUUUUUUUUUUUGUAACAGCUCACCGCGGAGGACAAAACAAUUUUGAAAAUUAUCACCUACGUGGGAAUGAGCCUUUCCAUCUUCGGGAUACUUUUAACAUUAAUACUUUAUUCGUGCCUCACGUAAGUAAUGUACCUGAAUAAUAACUAGGUAGAUACUUAACUCCCCUCACCAAGGCUGGUAAGAAAAGAGAUCUCAAUGCAAAUCUCCACACAAAUAAGAACGUACAAGUAGGAUAAUUCACAAAUUCUAGCUACGUUUCAUGCCCCAUCAAGAGUGCUUGAACGGCUCAUGGUCUCACAGUUUAUGAAUUUUUUAGGGUUUAGAUAUUUUCCUUUUGGUCCUUUCUGGAGCUAUUUAUUGAUUUUUUUCUUUCCUUUGCUGUCAAGAUUUACUUGAUGUUUUAGUCAUAUUUUGCUGUCUUUUAAUUCAGUUUUAUUGUGUUUGGUUGUGCUUACUGUCUUCAGUGUGUUGUUUCUUUAUGUUGUUGUUACUUUUGUCUAAUUCAUUCUUUUUAAUCUAUUAUUAUUAUUUCACCAGAGAUGUUCGUCAACCUCUCUCUCAAAUUCGACUGAGUGUUUCUAUCUCCCUUGGAGCUGGACAGAUCAUCUUCCUUGCCGGAAUAAACGCCAUAGAAAAUAAAGUUAGUAUCCUCUCUUUCUAUCCAUGGAAUGAAGGAGCACGAUGAGAAUACGAAAACUCUUUCUUUUCACAGGCUGCCUGUGUUACAAUAGCAGCUCUGAUGCAGUAUUUCUUAAUGGCCGCUUUCUGUUGGAUGCUGAUCGAGGGAAUUUAUCUCUACUUCUUCGUUGUGAAAGUUUACAACAUCAACACCAAGAUGUGCAUGUCUCACGUUAUCUCAUGGGGUAAGUUAAUUAUUUUAAAACAUGCGCUAGUAACUGUAACCAUGCUUUUGGAUCGCCAAAUCUGGUGUUAUCGUCCAGUAAAGUGUUUCGAUCUCCUUCCUUUCUCUAUGGGCAGGUCUUCCAGUGAUCAUGGUGGCCAUUUCACUCGGCAUCGCUGUUGGGAAAGAAGGGUUACAAAGCUAUACGAGUGAUAAAUAGUAAGAAAAAAAUUCAACGGUCUCUUCUUGCUCUUCUCCUUUUAAUUCAUUUCAUUGAACUCUUUUUUUUUUCUUUUUUUUGUUGCACUUUUUUUUGGUAUAUAUUUUGUGAUAGGUAUCGAUUCAUUUGCUGACAAUUUGUGUUUCUUUCUCGUCUUUCACUUCUUCGAGUUUAGUUGCUGGCUUUCCUCGACUAACAGCCUGAUCUGGAUAUUCGGCGCCUUUGUGGCUUUUAUUGAAUUGGUGAGUUUAUGAUUAGUGUUGGUGAUUGUGAUUAGCAUACCUGGACUACUUGCUGCUAAAGAUUUUUUCCUCUGCUCUUCAAAACGAAUUAAGUAUUUAUGAUAUGACCACACACAGUAUUUACCAUUUUCUUUUUCCUAUCUACUCUCAAAAAAACUUCGGACGUAGCCGCUGUUUGCGGGGAUGCUAGUCAAAUUUAACCUAAUUAUGAUCUUCAAUAGCGAGAAAAGCCUGUGGAGAAAUGUCUUCACAAGCAUAAGAUAGCUUCAUAAAUUCUCUAACUUAUACUACAAAGUAUGGAAAAAAAAAACUUCUCCCCCUUCCCUCCACGCAAAAAUAACUCACGGAAACAUUGAAAAAGAUAAAAGUAGCAGUAAAAGUGGGAUAUAUUGAAUUUAUAUCAUUCAACACGAGGCUUUACUUGGCGUGGUUCUUUCAGUUUAGACACUUCCGUGCAUGAUUUCUUUUGCUCAUUGGUAGUGGAUCGAAACUCAUAAGCUCGUUCUCCCGGUUGAGAGUUCUACUCCCUGUAAAUGACUCUUCAUCCAACGCUUAUUUCCGAACUAGUAACUUCCUUGGCAAAGAUCCUCUCCUGCUUUGGCUAUUCGACAUCCAUAUUUGAAUCAUCAAUUUAUUUUUUAUUGUAUAUUUUAGCUCAACAUUUUGAUACUUGUACGAGUUAUAAAGGAGAUGACCAAUUUGUUGCAGCCAACAAGGGAAGACCACCAUUUUCAGCAAAUACGGUGAGAAUCACAUCAUAAAACUAAAACCAAAUGGUGGAAGAGAUUGCCAUGCCCUCCUGUGGGGCUAUAUUUGCCUAGCCUCCUUAUUCCGUAAUCAGUAAGGCAACACAAUUUUUAACAAUGAAAAUUCAUUGUUAGAGGAAAGUAAAAGAAUGUUUUUUUCUAACUCCUAGUCUUGGCAUCAAAGCAUGCGUGGUGAUGAUUCCCCUGCUGGGUGUCACGUGGCUAUUCGGUCUCCUCUCACCUGUACAUAAAGCUUUCGCUUACAUCUUCACCAUACUUAACUCUACUCAGGUCAGUGUUCGAUGGUAACUGUAAAAAUUCAUUAAUCUCUAUUAUUUAUUUCACUUUCUGACCAAGUGAGACACCAUUAGGAUGGUCAGAUGAUAUUUUUUUGGAAUUUUCAAAACAAAAAGGUGUUAACUAUGCAAGAGAUGACAGACUUCUUUUUCAAUUAUAAGAUGUGCAAUUUUCCUUCCUUUUUGGAAAUCUUGAUGGGUACUUGACUAAUUUGUUUGCGUAUUGUAACAUUAAUGAUCUUGAAAUCAUUUUUAUGCUUCAGGGUUUCCUGAUUUUCGCUCUACACUGUAUGCGAAACACUCAGGUAAGAAAAAACAUUGAACUGAUAAUUAGCUUUAUAACAUUAAGUUUUAGUGUUUCAAUAAAUAUCCGAGUGCUAAGAACCGUAUUUCGUGUUGCUCGUCUAUCUGCAGAUCAGAGAGCGAUUCAAAAGAAAGAUGAACAUCGUUUUUCCGUCUUCUAUAAAGGACAAAUCCACGAGGAAGAGCUCACAGGUCAAUCCAAAUAAGGUUGGGGAUAUAUGGACAGUUUAA